GGCCGGCCUGACCCCUCGCCAAAGCCCCGUCGCCCCCGGAGACGGACCCCGUCGAGGAGCCGCGACGGGAUCCCCCGGCUGCCCGGACCCUUCGGAGCACGGAGAGACCCCUCCCGCUCCCGUCCCCGGCAACAGGGGACUCCCAGAGCGGCCCAAGGACUGCCCCGGCCGGACCCCCUCGACGCCCGGCGAGACCCCCUACUCGACCCAUUGCUGGAUCAGAGAGCCCGGCCCCCGCCGGAGCCCUUCCGAGGGGCGAGGGACCCCCGAGGGGACGAGGUCCCUUCCCCGGGCCACGGGAGCCGGCACCCCUGGGGACCCACCGGUUGUCCCCGCGGGGGCGAAGGACGCCUGGAGCCCCCUACGAAGGCCCCGGCCCCCCGGCCCUCAUCCCCCGUCCCGGGCUGGCCCCCGGCCGCAGAGGAUCCCGUCUCCGGGGCUGGGGGCAACCGGGCUGCCCAGUGCCCCCCGGCUGAGCCGACCCUGAGCCGGCGGGGCGGCCGUGGGGUGUCGACGAGCCCCGGGGGGGCUUCGGCACCCUGCAGCUCCCGGGUCCCAUGGCGGCCAAGUGGUUCAAGGAGUUCCCAUCCAACCUGAAGACGGUUUCGGAGAGGGCUCGGCCGGGCAGCGGGAGCCUCGGGAAGAGCCGCAAAAAUUCAACUGCUGAGCUUGGAGGCUGCCGGGCGGCAGGGGGUGGCAAGGAAGGGGGCAGCCGGCUGUCACGGGACAACCUGCAGGGUCUGCUCCAGGCCGCCACUGGGAAGAUGCGGAAGAAUUCUCGAGCGGAGGGAGGCACGCCGGAGGGACCCCCCAAAACCUGCGGUGCCUACAUCAACCGCCUCAUCAAGGUGGAGGCUCCCGAGAAGAAUGGGAAGGGAUACCCUGGCCCCCUGCCCGCUGGCCCGCCUGCCCCCGAGCAGGACAAGGGAAAGACCCCCAAGACAGAGACGGUCGUCAUCCUGGAGGACUAUGCUGACCCCUACGACGCCAAGCGCACCAAGGAGCAACGGGACGCCGAGCGCCUGGGGGAGAAUGACGGGUACAUGGAGCCCUACGAUGCCCAGCAGAUGAUCACAGAAAUCCGUCGUCGGGGCUCCAAGGACCCCCUGGUCAAAACUAUCCUGCUGCUGGACGGUCCUGGCGAGCCGGGGGAGGGGGGUGCCAAACUGGAGCCGGCCAAGUGGCUGGGGGUCAAGGAGGUGGCAGGGAAGGGGUCACAGCUCUACGACACCCCCUAUGAGCCUGGGGAGGGGGUGGCUGGGGGGACCCCGGAGCGCAGGGUGAGGGCCAGUGACGGGCGUCUGCCCGAGAACGACGAGCGCCCAGCGGGAGAGUACGAGCAGCCCUGGGAGUGGAAGAAGGAGCAGAUUGUCAAAGCAUUGUCAGUCCAGUUUGAGGGCUCAGAACGUCCCAAAGAGGAGACGCUGCGGCAGCACCUACGCCAGAAGAGCUGGACCCCCAAGAUGCUGAAGCCGGCGGGGGCCGAGCACAGUGAGGGGGAGCGGGUGGACCCUGCCCUGGCACUGGAAAAACAGCCGUGA